AUGCUGGCUGGCAAUAUGUUCUCCCUUCGCACCGCCGUGCGGAGAGCUUCCACCAGCAAGCCCCUCCGCGCCUUCUCCGCACAGCAUGCCGUUUCCUCUGCCAGACUCGGCUCUGCCCGUCAUUCCCUGAAGGCCUCCGCCGUCCCCUUGUUGCAGGGUCGCCACUAUUCCCGGGCCACUGACCCCCAGCUUUCCUCCACCCGCUCGACCGUUGUCCAGCUGCUGAGCAACAUCGGUUCCAAGCGCGAGGUGCAGCAGUAUCUCUCUCAUUUCACCUCCGUUUCCUCCCAACAGUUCGCUGUCAUUAAGGUCGGCGGUGCCAUCAUCACUGAACACCUCCAGACCCUCUCCUCCGCCCUUGCUUUCCUGAACCAUGUUGGCCUUUAUCCGAUCGUCGUCCACGGUGCUGGUCCUCAGCUCAAUCGCAUGCUGGAGGACGCCGGUGUGGAGCCUCAGUUCGAAGAUGGAAUUCGAGUCACCGACGGAAAGACACUGGCCCUGGCUAGGAAGCUGUUCCUGGAGGAGAACCUGAAGCUGAUUGAGGAAUUGGAGCGCAUGGGUGUGAGAGCUCGUCCUCUGAACGCGGGUGUCUUCACCGCCGAUUACCUCGACAAGGACAAGUAUAACCUGGUUGGCAAGAUCAAUGGCGUGAACAAGAAGCCAAUCGAGUCUGCCAUCGAAGCUGGCUGCCUUCCCAUCCUUACUUCCAUGGCGGAGACUCCUGAUGGCCAGGUUCUCAACGUCAACGCUGAUGUCGCUGCUGGCGAGUUGGCGCGUGCGCUCCAGCCCCUCAAGAUCGUCUACCUCGCCGAGAAGGGUGGCUUGUUCAACGGCGACACCGGCGAGAAGAUCUCUGUGAUCAACCUCGACGAGGAGUACGACCACCUGAUGACUCAGUGGUGGGUGCGUCACGGUACUCGUCUGAAGAUCAAGGAGAUGAAGGAUCUGCUUAGCGACCUUCCUCGUACCUCCAGCGUUGCUAUCAUCCACCCGGCCGAUCUUCAGAAGGAACUCUUCACCGACUCGGGAGCUGGUACUCUGAUCCGCAGAGGCAACAAGGUUCACACCAAGACCUCGUUCUCCGAGUUCGAAGAUCUGGACAAGCUCAAGGAAGUCCUGGUCCGUGACCGCGAGGGCCUGGAUGCCCGCGCCACUGUUGACCGCUAUGUCGAGGGCUUGAAGGAGCGUGACUUCAAGGUCUACUACGAUGAGCCCAUGGAAGCGCUGGCCGUUGUCUUGCCCCCUCAGAAGGAUGCUACUUCUUCCUUGGCUCACCUGGCCACCUUCACCAUCACCAAGUCCGGAUGGUUGACGAAUGUCGCCGACAACGUCUUUGCGUCUAUCAAGAAGGACUACCCCAAGCUUGUCUGGACCGUCAAGGAGGAUGAUGAGAACCUCACCUGGUUCUUUGACAAGGCUGAUGGUAGCCUCAGCCGUGACGGAGAGGUCCUCUUCUGGUACGGUGUCGAGAGCGGCGAGGAAGUGAAGCAGCUGGUCCAGGAGUUCAACCAGCACGGCCGCCAGAUGUUUGGAGAUAUCAACCUCGAGUCGAGGCUGCACCGCGCUGCCCAGGCGGCUACCAACAUUGGCAAGGGAUUCGGUGCUAGCGGUGCUUCUGCUGAGCAGAAGCGUGCCUUCUCCUCUACGAGCAAUGCUCUGCGGGCUGCUCGUUCAGCGCGCCCGAUGGUUCCUGUGAGGGCUGUUAGGACCUACGCCACGACGAACCCCAACCCGCCCCUGGGUGAGAAGAACAUGUCCAACGCCCGCCCCUCUAAGGUUGCUCUUAUUGGAGCUCGUGGCUACACUGGCCAGGCCCUGAUCAACCUCCUCAACGCCCACCCUCACAUGGAUCUGCGCCACGUCUCUUCGCGCGAGCUCGUUGGCAAGAAGCUGCAGGGCUAUGACAAGCGUGAGAUCAUCUAUGAGAACCUCAGCCCCGAUGAUGUUAAGCGCAUGUCCGCGAACGGAGAUGUGGACUGCUGGGUCAUGGCUCUGCCCAAUGGCGUCUGCAAGCCGUUCGUUGAUGCCGUCGACCAGGGUUCGGAGACGGGUAACGUCAUCGUUGACCUAAGUGCCGAUUACCGCUUCGACAGCAAGUGGACUUACGGUCUUCCUGAAUUGGUCAGCCGUUCCAAGAUCGCCCAGGCUACCCGUAUUGCCAACCCUGGAUGCUACGCCACUGCCGCUCAGAUCGGAAUUGCUCCUCUUGUCCCGUUCCUCGGUGGUCAGCCCACCACCUUCGGUGUUUCCGGAUACUCUGGAGCUGGCACUAAGCCAAGCCCCAAGAACGACGUGGAGAACCUCACCAACAACAUCAUCCCCUACAGCUUGACUGAUCACAUCCACGAGAAGGAAAUCAGCGCACAGCUCGGUACCAGCGUUGCGUUCAUUCCUCACGUUGCUGUCUGGUUCCAGGGCAUUCACCACACCAUCAGCAUUCCGCUGAAGGAGGAGAUGACCUCUCGUGACAUUCGCAACAUCUACCAGGACCGUUAUGCUGGUGAGAAGCUUGUGAAGAUCGUUGGCGAGCCUCCUUCCGUCAAAGACAUUGCUGGCCGCCAUGGCGUUGAGGUCGGUGGCUUUGCCGUCCACUCCAGUGGCAAGCGGGUUGUCGUGUGUGCUACCAUUGACAACCUGCUCAAGGGUGCCGCCACCCAGUGCUUGCAGAACAUGAACCUUGCCCUUGGCUACGGCGAAUACCAGGGCAUCCCCCUUGACUAG